UGCCUCGCGGACUAUUCUAUAGCAAUAGCCCCAUUAAAGAUUGCGAAGCCUCUUUGUUUCCCUUCCCGGAAUUCUACGGCUCAGAUAAUCCUCGGAGCAGAAUGUCCGGUGGAAUUGCGCGCGGGCGGCUGACGGAGGAGCGAAAGUCAUGGCGGAAGAAUCAUCCACAUGGUUUUGUGGCUAAGCCGGAGACUCUGCCUGAGGGUACAGUGAAUUUGAUGGUAUGGCACUGCACGAUCCCUGGUAAGGCCGGGACCGACUGGGAGGGUGGUUAUUACCCACUCACAAUGCAGUUUAGUGAAGAUUAUCCAAGCAAGCCGCCGAAGUGUAAAUUCCCACAAGGAUUUUUCCAUCCUAAUGUGUACCCAUCUGGAACUGUUUGCCUCUCUAUUCUUAAUGAAGAUAGUGGUUGGCGCCCAGCCAUCACAGUGAAGCAAAUUUUGGUUGGUAUCCAAGAUUUGUUGGAUACGCCUAAUCCACAGGAUCCAGCUCAAACUGAGGGAUACCAUAUGUUCAUCCAGGAUCCAGUUGAAUACAAGAAAAGGGUUCGGCAACAGGCGAAGCAGUAUCCUCCUCUUGUCUGAAUAUGUCUUUGUGCUGGUUAUUCCUUAGUUUUGAUGCAAACGUGUUGCUAGAAUUUGUAUUUAUCAAAAGAAGGUUAUCACGUACCCCAGUGAGGCAACACAAUGUUGCUUGCUGGUACGAUGUGUGGAUGUGCUUCUAGUUACUGAACCUGCAUAACGCAUAGAAACCUCUUGGUUGUGAUAAGGAGAUUGUAUUAGAUUGAUUUGGUUGUGAUAAGGAGAUUGUAUUAGAUUGAUGUCGAAUGUGGUAAUGUAAGAUCGCCUUUCCUUUGCUCGAA